AUGAACUCACUGAACAUCUUUGAAAAACAAGAUCUUUUAGAGGUCAUCUCCGCCAGACCGGGCAAGGGCUCACACGUCAAACGUAUUUCACCUCGCCAAGCUCCGACCUGUUGUGGUUACUCACCUACAACAAUUUUUUCCUUCUCUCCUCUCGCACUCCUGGCCACUGACCGCAGCAUCAACGCCAUGGCGACACUCGCCCAUGUGUUCAACCAUCUGGUGUUACCACCACAAAUCCCCGGAGAACAGGACGAGGACAUUGAACGCUCCAGUCACGAUAUCCUUGUUCGUCUCAUCCGCGCCACGAGCACCUUGGCCAGGCUUGCUGGCCAGAAUCAGACAGCUACUUGGCAACCACUUCGCCAGUCCCUUCGCCGUUGUCAAUCUCUUCACGAGCGAGGUCAUCUCGAAAAGCAGUCGCUCAUCUCAGAAUUCAAGAAUAUCCAACACGAUCAGCCACUCGUCCUUCACAUCAUAGAACAAAAUGCUGCCCUCAUUGUUCGACGCGACAUUAGUGAAAACAACGAUAUCGUCAUCUUCGAGGCGUUCGAGGCAUCCCCGCCUUCAGCUGAGGUGCUUGCUGCGGAGGGCGCCCUCAUCUGGGACUUCCCCGACUGCGCGGCCCAGAUUCCAUUCAGCGAGUUUCAGAAGGCAUCGUUCCAAGAUGCCUUGGCUGACUUCCUCGAAAAGGGUAGCAUGGAGCCGUUGAAGCGUUUCCAGGCACAUACCACAAAAGCCCAAACCUCCGUCGUCGAGUCGCGUGACACCGCGAGUCCGGCACUCGUGACACAUCUUCUCAUACCGCUGCUCGAGGUCAUCGGAUCUGCAGUCGACAGCAACGUUCCUCAGCUCAGGAAGCGCGUCCGCGAUGAUGCAAACAUCAAAGCUGCAGAGUUUCCAUGGCGGAGAUUGCCAUUUUGGCUCGUACUUCGGGUCUCCACUCAACGACAACUUCAGCUUUCUCUUGGGAACGAGGCGGGCAGAGCCUGUUAUAAGUUCUUGGUUACCACUCUCCUUGCAGAGCUUCUCAACGAAUGUCCUACCCAACUGGCGCCUGAACUUACGAUAACCCUCCGAAGCAAGGUCUGCCGCCGCCUCGCGAAGCUCGAACAAGAAAAGGUUGACUCACCUGCCCUAUACAAGCACAUGUUCGCCGUCGCUGGACCGUUCUUCAAAGAGUCUAUCGCGCGGGUUACAAAGGUGAUUGAAUCAGCCUGGGAAAAGUUCAAGCGGGAGACCACACGUCCCAUUCCUACACUCCCACUCCGGGCCGAUCAGCAAGCGCUCUGCCUCUCUCUCCCUAACAGCGGAGCAUACCUCCACGAUGUGCUGAAUCUUCCUCGUGCACACAAGAAGGUCAAGCUGUCUUUAGCUUUUCCGCGAUCGGUGGACAGCACAAUUGAACAGGUUGAGCAGUUUACAGACAUGUAUUUCAAGCUAACGAAAUUGGAAAAGGAUAUCGAGACCCAUCAAAUUCCUCAAUUCACGACAUCCUCGACGCUGCCCUCACGCUGUCUCAAGCUCGCUGAAACGAUAUCCGAUCUGAUGGGAACCGUAGGCACGGCUUAUGAGUCCAAUCCUGAACAGCACUCCAUCCUCAUCCUGAACCUCUUCACACUCUGGGUGCGGCUGGACAGGUACAUGAUCGAAGCCUGUCCUCUGCUUCUCAAGUAUCGCCCAGUAUUCUCUCCGGAGCUCUUGGACGCAUUGCAUCUUCCACUCAUGUCAGAGAUGCAGCGACUUCAUGACAUCCAAGUGUAUCUACAAGAUAGGCAUACGAGGUCCAAGCAUCAGACAACAAUACUUUCCGAGCCCGAUAAGCACAGCUUCGCAGUUGAGUAUGUCGCACAGUCCAGACCAAUGAAACAGCUCCUUGAACAAAUACAAGAGGCUUCUAGGCUUUCACGAGAAGCAAAGAAAGCUGAGCUGGACCGAUGGUGUCAAGAGUAUGAUGCCCAUUCCUUGGGCAUAUCCGGCGGCACAUGCGUCUGCACUUUCAAUCGCGACGGUUCGCGAUAUGUGAGAGGAUGUGACAAAUGCUGGCAUUGGCGAGCCAGAAAUCGAAUGCAGAUAUACGCUCACGAAGAUUUCCUGCCCAAGAACACUGUGAAAGCGGCAGCCGUUGUAUUCGAGUUGCGUAUUCCGGCCUCCCUCGCUGCGUAUCGAAACGCCACAUGGAAGAUCUUCGAGUUGGCAUAUCCUGCCAAGCCUGCGUCACGAUCACCAAUCAAGGUCUUGAAAGAUUAUGAACCGUUCCAACCAUAUAUUCAGGAAUUCGCGAGCGGCAUCACUAUUUCAUCGACUUCCAAACCGUUUGCUGGCACCCACUACAAGGUUGCUAAGGAGAGAAUGAAAGCAUCGGAAGCCGAUGUUCUGUAUCCCAACGGCCUGACCUUCUUCUAUUUCGACAUGGCCUCGGACACAUGGGUCAAAGAUUUUAACAAGCCGUUGACCUUCCAGCAUCUUUGCGGUGUACAUGUCCCGCGAUCGCUGGUGCAUUCGGUCAUGCCUGAGUCGAUACACCCACCAACUGAAGUCCAUGGACUAUCUUCAUACGAGGUUGUCGCUUCUGAAACCGAAUGUCCACCAGAUAUCGCCAUUCGAGAAUUCAUGGCGUAUCAGCGCUUACUGUCAGGCAAGACCCGUCGAUGGCUCACUAUGUUGGUAGAGUUGGGCGCAUCAGAUGUGAACUUCAGCAACGAGAGCACGAUGCAUAUGUUCAACCACCUCACUACGCAGGCUGGACCAUCACGGAAUGAGUCUGGUGUCCUUCGUGACGUUCAUGUGGUUUUCAAGGAGACGUCGUUCUGCAGGCGCUUGGCGGAACAAAUUAGCAAUCGCCUACGGAGCAUCACGUCCAGUUGGCGCGAGGUGCAUUGCAUGGAAGUCCUCAUCACGCUUAGUCUGCGACUAUUCACGUUCGCUUCGUCCAAGAUGUUGGCUAUGACUCUUUUGAAAGAAGCACGCGACAUUACCUUGACAUGGAUUACGUGUCUUCGAGACGACGUAAGGAGUGCCCGAGAAGCUCAUGCAGCGGAGACGGCUGCUCGAUCUGCGUUCUGGGCUGCCCUGCUGUGCCGAAGGACAUUUUCUACCUUUGCCGAAUCAGAUCAGCUAAUCCCACAAGAUGACUUGUCGGCUUUCGUUCAGGCCUCAAUGGCUCUCCAAGAGAAUCUCCUCGUCGACUUGGCCAAGCUACCACCAGUACUCAAGGCCAUGUUGAUUCGCGAUACGAAACUGGCCUUCAACAUCCAAUCACAGUUACUUCAAUCGAUCAAGGCUUCUCCUCAGAGCAUCGGUAUGGCCAUCAACGCAUCCUGGUCAAACUCGGCAAACUCAACACGGAAGGUCUUCACUGUGUGGCAAACCUUGACUUCUCCACACGAUCGAUGGAUUGUAUCAACUAUGGUUGCUACAAUGGAGAGUUCAGCAAAGUCACAGGUGGUUCACUAUAACUUUAUUGAGGGGCACCUGCUCGUCGAUGGCAAGCCCUUGGGAAAAUUGCCGCGAGACAUUCGAGAAUCACUUGAGGUGAAGAAACUCUUCGGCAACCAAUAUCUCCGAACGCUUCCAUCAGCUGAACACGGCAUGUCCUAUGUUAUGACAACUCGGAUGCACAACCACGAGUUUCAUUUCGGGAUGCGAGAUGGACGAGUUAUUAUCCGUGCCCGUACUCGAGGUAACCUUCUAGAGUACGUUCCGCCUGCGCUCUUUUCUGGACCUAAUAGUUUCGACCUGCCAUUUGGCCUUGUAUCCAACUGCCAGCACUGGUUGAAUCUGAAUAUGAAAUGUAUCGAGGUUAGACGCAAGCCCGAAGCCUGGCAAACCCGGACAAACGAUUGGAUUAUUGACCUUGUCGAUCGUCAAGGCAAGCGGAGCGAACGUUCUACUUUGGUUGACCCUAAUUCCAUCUUGUUUCAACAAGUCGCCGACAUCUUCCGCCACUUCGAAAAUCCAAACAAGAUCACGAUCUUCCAGCCUAUACACAAGAAUGGAGCCUUGUCUGUCGAGCUACGCCAUUUGGAACUAUCAUUUAAAGUGAACAAGCAAGGACUGCUCCAAUGUCAUGAACUAGGUGCAGAGAUUGAUCCUAACCAGGAUGCUGGCACCCUAUAUGGAUUUGAGAGUAAGAUCGUACUGCGUGACAUCGCAGACCCUAAGAGCCGGAGCAUCAUCGCUCCAUGGGGAGAACUUUCUAGCAAGCGUCGUGGGAUGCACAUCGCCGUGCGGGCAGCUAGCUGCACUGAGUAUGCGAGGUUCGGGAUCGAUGAGGUACUCGGACGGUUGUUAUGCCCUUCGGAGCCACGACUCCUAUAUGCAAAAGCUCAGUUCCAUGCGUUUACGUCCUUCGCUAUAGCUGACCCGUUGACUGGGCGCACUGGCACCGAAGAAGCCUUACACAUCUUGCAAUCAGGUUGUUGUCAGCCAUGGUUACCGUUGGGAGGUUCUCCGCUCAAAAUCCUUGAGUCUGUCGGAAAACUUAGUCCAGCGCGAGAGUACUAUCCCAAGGAGAAGAAGAACCUGCAGAACAUUGGUUGGAAGGCCAGUUUGACAAUGACCAUCCAGCAUGAUGCAUAUGAAGGUCUGGUACACGAUAUACUCAACAAGUCAGAAGUACUUUCUGUCUUUGCCCCAGAUCACCCAGGCCACUCAAACAACGUUCGGCUUAGUAACUACACGCCGACUCACCUUCGCAAGCGAGGCAUCACUCAGCGGCGUCUCUACGAGCGCAAUCUAUUCGAUACACACGAGAUCGCCAAGGAUAAGGUUUACAAUUCUCGAGCCCAACAAGCCAAUUCGGCACAAGCAAGGAAAGUCCAUGACGUUGCAAAGCUUCUGUGUACCCAGCCAUUCAACGUACACAUCACUCGACAACUAUCCACGGUUCUCGAAGACUGGAAACUCAUAGGCGGAUUCCACGCCACAUCUGAGUUCAUGCCCGCCAGCUUGAGCGAUCUGACAGAGAAGCCUGUUGACGAGCAGUGGGGCAGUCUUGUAAACCUCUGUCGUAGUUCUGCUUCUCACGACUUGUAUGGAUUGAUGUUCCGGCUCAGCCUCAUGUCAUUAAAUGCCGAAACCGACCUCAAUGUAAUCAACGUCCUUGCAGCGUUUGCAGUGAUCCCCGGAUUGAAAUCACUGCAACCGCCAUCGUAUUCCUCGUUCAACCAGUUUGAAUUGAACCAGACCCCAACUGCGCAAUCCCUUUUCCGAAUCAUUUCCGUCGAUCUGCCUAACAGGCUAAACUCGACUGGCGACAAGGUACAAAAGGCGCAUCAAAAGUCAUGUGAGAUAGAGGGAAGGCGAUUAGCGCAACACUUCCUGAGUCAAUGGCCUCACGAAGAACCUUUCUUGGAUGGAUUUGAGUCGGAUAUCAUUGAUACCGGACUUGCAACAGACCGAGUUGUUUCAGAGUGGCAUCGUUUGCGCGCGAACCUGAAACUUUCGGAAUAUGUUAUGCAGAUCCAGGAUGUACUAGAGCUGUACAAGGGUCCCAGGAAUACAUCAGCGCCAAAUGUCUGGAAUUUUGCACCGAGUCCCAUCCGACCACUAGUCCGCGGUCCCGUUAUUCCAUCAAUUUCCAGGGAUCUCGUAGUCAAGUCCCUAAUAUCGCCCUUGAACACACAUGCUUGCGAUGAGAUGGUUCCUGGUAGCCAGUCUGCUACUCUGUCCGCGAGCCGUUCAGCCUCACAGCCUCCGUCUAGGGAGAUGGCUGAGCUACGAAAGAUCCUUUCCUCAUUCAUCUUCUCGUCGAACUCCAUCCGCCAAGAAUACGCUCGCGACCUCGAAACAAGCCUUCUGGCUCUUGAAGAGACCAGCAAUCACCUGGAGGCCCCUUACGAUGCUCCGAAUAUUACAGUCAUUGCAGGCAGUAUCCAAAAGAUCUGCGCCUUGCGUUCAGCUCACUUCAUCCAGAUUCGCAACGCUCUAUCCAUUGACGACGAUCGUUUCCAUUGGCUUGAUCUUGGGAAUCUCUGGCCUUUGAAUACAUCAAUAGAGAUGCUGGAGCAACUGCGCUCAAGCUCCAACCAUAUUUUCGGGCACCUUGUUAAGGACGCAAUUGUCUCGCACGGUAUCCUCCUCACAACGCUGCAGAAACUCACACGGCUCAAGCAUGCACUUUAUCAUGCAAAACAGACUCGGGUUCAAGAAGAGCUUGGAAACGUUGGCCAUGAGAAUUGGGAUCCUUCGGAGUUCCCUGAUUGGCUUCUCCUAGAGAUUGAUAGUGAUCUUCUGAUCCGGCAAGAGCAGAUUGAUGUCGCACGUGCAAUCAUUGCGCCAAAAUCAGGAGACAACACUGUGUUGCAAUUGAAUAUGGGUAAAGGUAAAACAUCCUGUAUCGUUCCUAUGGCAAUGGCAAUUCUCGGCAACGGAAACCAACUCGCGCGUCUUAUCGUACCAAAGCCACUGCUCCCCCCGACAGCCCAGAUGAUCCAAUCUCGACUUGGGGGGCUAGUCGGUCGAGAGCUCCGGCACAUACCCUUUUCACGACGUACCAUGCCCAGCCCGGAGAUACUUCAACUCUACAGUGAUCUCCACCAAGACAUGCUUCGCCGUUGUGGUGUUAUGUUGAGUGCUCCGGAGCAUGUCCUAUCUUACAAGCUCAGUGGUCUUCAACAUCUUGCCGGACCAAGCUCAUCGAUUGCAUGCAGAAUGAUCAAGUUCCAGUCAUGGUUGGAGUCCACGUGUCGGGACGUUCUGGACGAAUCUGACGUCUCUUUGGCAGUGAAAACUCAAUUAAUCUACCCGAGUGGCGAGCAAACCACUGUUGAUGGCCAUCCACACCGCUGGCAAGUAGCACAGUCAUUGCUAUCACUUGUGAAAGACCAUCUUCCAGAGAUCCGACGCACGUUCCCGCGGAGCAUCGAAAUCAUCAAACGCGAUCAUGGAUACCCGAUGGUAUACUUUCUUCGGUCAGAUGCCGAGGAAGACCUGCACCGACGGAUUAUCGAUGAGAUAUCUACAGGUCAAACCGCAUUCCUUCGCUUCUCAGACUCCACUCCACCUGGCUACUACGCGGAGAUUGGUAAGGUCUUCACAGACACGACCCUUGACGACAACUUGUUCAGGCGCGUGACUGCACUGUUUUCCGAUGAGAACGUAGCAUCGAAGAAGCUACUCCUUGUUCGAGGCCUGCUGAUGAACCGAAUUCUUCUCCUCUGUUUGAAGAAGCGAUGGAAUGUGCAGUACGGUUUGCAUCCGGGUAGGGAUCCCAUCGCAGUGCCCUUCGAAGCAAAGGGUGUGCCUUCUGAACAAGCUGAGUUUGGCCAUCCCGAUGCCGCAAUUCUGUUCACUUGUCUGGCCUUCUACUACUCUGGCCUAGAUCGACAUCAACUCAACCAAGGUCUUCGCCAUAUUUUGGCGUCCUCCGAUCCUUCCAGUGAAUACGACAGAUGGACGAGCACUUGCGAUACUCUUCCGGAAGCCCUGUCCCACUGGAACAUCAUCAAUGUGGACGAUCAACGUCAAUUCGAAGAGCUUUGGAACCAUCUUCGAGUCAGUACAAGUGUGCUUGAUCAUUACAUGAAUCAUUUCGUUUUCCCUGCCCACGCAAAGCAGUUCAGUAUCAAGUUACAAGCUUCUGGAUGGGACCUGCCUUUAUUUUCGAAGUCGGACUCCAGCGACAACGUAACAACAGGCGCGAUGACUACUGGAUUCAGCGGAACCAAUGACAACAAGAUGAUGCUGCCACUCACCAUUCGACAAGACGACCUCCCGAGCUUGCAUCAGACCAACGCAGAAGUCCUAACCUACCUGUUACAAACUCGAAACCGAAGCUACUACCUCGCGGCUCAAGGGGGGAAGCGUUUGUCGGAGACGCAACUCUUGAAUCAGCUAAGUAUGAAAGAUAUUCGUGUACUCAUCGACGCCGGCGCAUACAUUCUCGAAAUGGACAACGAAGCUCUUGUAACGGCAUGGCUAGCUAUCGACACACAACGACCGGCAGCUGUGUUCUUCGGGGCCGACAACAGGGCCAAGGUUCGUUAUCGUGGAAUGAAAGACUCAGUGCCAUUGCUGGCCACACCCUUUGCCGAUAGUUUGGACGGAUGUCUUGUCUAUUUCGAUCAGGCGCACACGCGUGGAGUAGAUUUGAAGUUACCCCAAAAUGCCCAUGGUGCAUUGACGCUUGCCCCUGGACAAACAAAAGAUCACACAGUUCAAGCUGCCAUGCGCCUCCGACAACUCGCGACUACCCAAUCCCUGUCCUUCUUCGCCUUUCCCGAAACCCACCAAUCCAUCCUUGACGUCUGCAAGAUGACAGACAAAGACCCCAUCAACUCAUCUCACGUCGUGCGCUGGCUUUUAGAACAGACCUGCUGCGCGAACGAGCAGCUCCAAAAUCUUUACAUCUCCCAGGGCGCCGAUUUCUGUAACCGCAAGAUGGCGGAAUGGGAGAACGCGGAAUUUCUCUCUAAUGUCAAAGAUAGAGAUGCGUAUAUCAAGGCCCUUCAACAUCCUGAGCAUCAGACACUUGAGCAGCUAUACGGAAGCCGUGCAAGCGAUGCAAACUGUCUUCCUCCGCCCCAAACUCUGUUUCCGCAAAUCCAGGCUUUUACGGACGAGCUCAAUAAUCGACGUCACAGCACCGCCGUUAAUCCCAACGCUAUGCACUCGUUCGCGCUUGAGGAGGUAGAACAGGAGCGCGAAGUCGAGUUCCAAGUUGAGGAAGUGCGUGAAGUGCAACAGCCUGUGCAUUACGAAGCUCUCACAUUUCCAGGUGUUCACCCCAGCAUCUCCGACUUCGUUCACACAGGCAUUCUGGGCGGAGGAGAGGGAUAUGAACACGUGUUUACCGCCGUGUCACGCACCUCGGUGGGCCAGAGGUUUAGUGUUGCGGAGUCAGAGUCACGAUUGUUUGUUUCAGCAGAGUUCAUGAGGACGAUUGUGACAGAGAAGAAUGGUGCCAUGGACAAUUUCUUGCGUCCUGUUGAGUGGAUUCUCUACAGCCCCAGCACCUCCACAGCCUUGAUCCUUAUCGCCGAAGAAGCCGAACUCCUGAUCCCCGAGCUCCGCGACCAAGAAGCCCCCGCAAAAGUCCACCUCCUCACGUACUCGGCGCCUAUCACGAAGAAGAUGCUACACUUCAGUGCCCUGACGUACUACGCUAUGCCUGUGCUUCCGGAUGGCCAUGCCAUCCCGCACUGGCUCACGAUUGAGCUUGGCGUCUUUGCAGGGCGGUUGUAUAUGGACUUCGAGGAGUACGCAAGGCUGGAGAGAUAUGUCAAGAGCAACGGUGAUGGGAAGCGAUCGGGUGCGUCAGCAAUGAAAGAGGCUAGCUUCCUCCUCGAGUGGCUAUCCCUGCGUCGAAAAGGUCAGGACAUCAUGCACACACCAGCUGGGUAUGUGUGCCAAGGUCGCGUUCUGGAUUGCGGACAUGCUUUCUUCGUCAAGCAGCGUGUUUAUGAUAAGGGUGUUCUGAACCCGUAUCGCGUUAAUGAGAUUGUUGACAGUGUUGAUGCAGAGGAGGUGGAUGAAGACGAUGUGUGGCAUGGUAGUGGUGGGGACGAGCUGGAGUGAAGUUCUUGCUGGGGGUUAUUCUGGCACAUAAUCCUGUCAACUAUCGCUUCGUGCUCGCUAAAUAUUUCCGCUUUUCUCCUUGUGAAGAAUGAUCAUGUGCGGUAGAGUAGAUGCAUGUAUUCUACUUCCUUACCUUCUUAGUCGUUCACGCUGUACUCUCUUCUCUCUGCC